AUGUCAAGUCCGCAAGAGGGCGUUCCCAAGAAAAGAGGUCCCAAGAAAGAGUCACUGAGUGCUUUGAUCAAACGAAUCGAUGGCCUCGAGGAGCUUCUCAAAUCCGACAAGACACCAACUCCGCCUGGUUCCGAUGCUGUUCCCGCCGAUUUCAACGAACUGCAUGUUUACAGCAACAAUAGUGCCGAGCCUUGUGGCUCUGCAUCAUCAGACGUUUCUCCCUACAGUGCCUUCCAUGAGGGAAGCUUUGGGACUAACAAUGAAUUCCCAUCCAUCAUAAAUGCAGAAGGUUUGGUAGACACCUACUUCACGCAUUUCCAUCAAAAUCCGUACCGCAUCUUGGAUGAGGAGGUCACCAGACAGAAGCUCAGAAACAACAAGAUGCCAAAGUCAUUGCUGUACGCUAUUUGCGCAGUGUCCACAAGAUUCUCAGAACAGCCUAGCCGGGGGCCAAGCAGUCAUGUUUCCGCAGAAACGUACGCGUCUUGGGCUCUCAAACACAUGGACAUAGGAGACACUACGAUCGAGAACUGCCAAGCGUUGCUGUUGCUCGUGACAGCUUUUGCGGCAAUGGGGAACGGCAGGAAAGCUUACAGCGUACUUUCUCAAGCCGUAGGUGCAGUUUUGGCUCUUGAAUUAUAUGAAGGGUUAGAACAGCCCGACGACUACAACCAUACGCAAAGCAAGAUGAAGAAGAGGCUUUUCUGGACCUGCUACGUGAUGAACGUUUUUGUGUCAACAUGGCUCGAGAGACCUUCAUUAAUCGACGACGCUCUUAUCAAGACGACCAUCCAGUCAUCUAGACAAAUCUCUCAGGCCGGUUGGCCGCCGAACAACGAAUGCUCCUUGACAGUCGAACCCGAACCAGUAAGCGAAUGCGCAGACGAUCCAGAUAAUGGGCUACAGAAACUCGUAUGGAUUGCCCACAUCCUCUCCGACGCCAACAGAUACCUACUCAUUACAGACCCGACGACACAAGCGGCAUUCGCCCAUCGUCACAAGAUCCGACACGAUCUCGACCUCUGGGCGGCUGAAAUCAGCCGCAAUCCCGAUUCCCUAUACCAAGACCUUCGAGGCGCGGAAGCUAACACCAUGCUCGAAUGCCAAAUCAUCUACCACCUAGUACACUGCCUCAUCUAUCGUCCACUUCUCCCAUUGCAUCUAAGCGAGCCAGCCGGGGCCAUGAUGAUACAGCACUGGGUAAUCGAGGCAACGGAAGUCGCCUUUCGACACGCGACGGCCAUCAUUGAGUUGAUCGAUCACGCGAUGCAGACAAGGUUCCUCGAACUCCCGGCUUUCGUCUCCUACUGUAUUUUUACGGCCGGAACCAUUCACGUCCACGGGAUGCACUAUACCAACGACCACCAAGAUCAAGGAGCAGGAAUAGGGCUCCCUUCGUUCGCCAGCUCCCCGAUGGCAGCCGAGACCUUUGCGACCUCUGCGGAACUCGUCAGCAAGUGCCUGUACCAACUCUCGGCGAUAGGCAACGAGGUUGAGUCCUCUCGGACGUCCAGAGCGUACCUCGAUGAGCUCACGAAAGAGCAUGCAAAGAUGCUAGGGAAGGGUGCAGCUGGCUACAUCCCCUCGCAAACCAACAAGUUCUUCAACAGAUACCCCGCGGAAUUGCGCCAGCGCAUUCAAGGCUUUCAUUUCGGUCCGCUGCCACCAAGCAUGCUCUUACAUCCAUAUCCACCAGAAACUCCAGAUAGCGGCCCUAGAAAAAUGAUGAUCCCAUCGAGGCCUUGGGGCCAGAACAUGAACCCAGGUUCUGCCACCACCGAGAUACCGGUCGUGUCAUCUAACACGAGCAUGGGACAGCGAAUCGGCCAGCCUCAAGGCCACUCACGGUCUUAUUCGGAUAGCACUCCUAUGACACAGACAUACUCGUUCGCGACAAACGCGCCGGUCUCUCAGAGACCAUUGCCCGCAUGGCUAGGAUUUCAAGACGCGACGCCUAGGCAGAUCAUCACCCACGGGACACCUAUGCUUGGUCCCUCAAGCUCAUCACAGCUCACCUCUCCAGUAGCCCAACAAGGGCCAACGUCUACCGUUGAACGGAGCAACUGGAGCGGCGCGGAAGGCUUUGGGGGAAGAGCAGAUGAAUCACUCACUUAUGACAUCGUCGCCGGUGCUGUCACUACGGCAGGUCCGAUGUAUCGGCCAGAAGGCGCCUAUGUACAAUACCAGAACUUCUCUGUAUUAUAGUUUAAAAAGCGAGCCAACAU